AUGAAUAAUUAGUCAUUAGCUAAAAGUGCAGUAGAGAGAUUAAAUCAAAGCAAUUUUUAAGCAUAAUAACCUUAUGAAUUUGAGAGCAAAUAUCAAUAGGAUUAAAAGGAAUUACCAAAUCCUACAAAAUUUGAUUUAGAUGUUAUGCUUAAAUUUUUAGAUGAAGUAGAUUCAAGUGUCAAAUAAACACAUGAAUUUAAAAGUAUAAUUCAAAAGUAUAAAUUGUCAACAUCCAAAUUUUGUUUAACUAUGGAGUACUAUUUUGAUCAAAUAUAAUAGAAAUGAUUAUCUGAAUAAUUUGCCAAAUGAAAAGAAAAUAUAAAUUUAUAGAGAUGUAAAAAUCGAUUCUUAUUAAAGAGAUUUCACGAAUAUAUGAUCAUUAAGAAGAAGCAAUAGAGUUAAAGGAUAAAGUUCGAAAGAUUAUUACAUAUAAAUUAGAAGAUAUGAGGAGAAAUACAGUAUUUAAUAAUAUAAUAUAAAAAGAGAGAAUCUAAAUGGGGAUUAACAUUGAACUUACUGCAAUUAUUAUUAAAUAAGAAUAAGGGGAAUAGAGAUAUUUUUGAUUUAUUUUAAAAGAAAUUAUUGCCACCUGAUGUAAGAUAAUUAGUGUGGAAAAUGUGUUUAGAAAAUAAAUAAAUAAGUGAUGAAUAUAGUCGUCUAUUAGGAAAAGCAAGAAUGUUAACAAUGUCAAGAUUUGAUGUAUAAAUUAUUAAAGACACUGAAUAAAUAGUAAAAUAAAUGACAAAACCAGAUCAAUUUGAUGGAAAUAUGAUUUUUGCAAUGAAAACUAUUUUAAGUUAUUACGAAUUAAAAUAAGAUAGAAUUCUUACUGAUUAUUUAUACUUAAUCUGUAUACCACUUGUCUAUGUUUUUGGAACAAGUAAACAUUUAUUAAAAAUACCAACUGAAUUGAUUGGAUAUUUUUAUUCAUUAUAAUUGAUAGUUCAAUUCUUUGAUCCAUUAGUUGAUUUGAUUGUUAGACAUGAUGAAAAAUAUGAAUCAGAAAUGACUGAUUUAUUUAUGAAUAGUGUUAAUGUUUUANAGAGAGGAUUACAUUUCAAUUUAUUUCAUAAUCAUAUGAAAUUUUAUAGUAUAUCUUAUCAAUAAUAUUUAUAUAAAAUGAAUAAUUAGUCAUUAGCUAAAAGUGCAGUAGAGAGAUUAAAUCAAAGCAAUUUUUAAGCAUAAUAACCUUAUGAAUUUGAGAGCAAAUAUCAAUAGGAUUAAAAGGAAUUACCAAAUCCUACAAAAUUUGAUUUAGAUGUUAUGCUUAAAUUUUUAGAUGAAGUAGAUUCAAGUGUCAAAUAAACACAUGAAUUUAAAAGUAUAAUUCAAAAGUAUAAAUUGUCAACAUCCAAAUUUUGUUUAACUAUGGAGUACUAUUUUGAUCAAAUAUAAUAGAAAUGAUUAUCUGAAUAAUUUGCCAAAUGAAAAGAAAAUAUAAAUUUAUAGAGAUGUAAAAAUCGAUUCUUAUUAAAGAGAUUUCACGAAUAUAUGAUCAUUAAGAAGAAGCAAUAGAGUUAAAGGAUAAAGUUCGAAAGAUUAUUACAUAUAAAUUAGAAGAUAUGAGGAGAAAUACAGUAUUUAAUAAUAUAAUAUAAAAAGAGAGAAUCUAAAUGGGGAUUAACAUUGAACUUACUGCAAUUAUUAUUAAAUAAGAAUAAGGGGAAUAGAGAUAUUUUUGAUUUAUUUUAAAAGAAAUUAUUGCCACCUGAUGUAAGAUAAUUAGUGUGGAAAAUGUGUUUAGAAAAUAAAUAAAUAAGUGAUGAAUAUAGUCGUCUAUUAGGAAAAGCAAGAAUGUUAACAAUGUCAAGAUUUGAUGUAUAAAUUAUUAAAGACACUGAAUAAAUAGUAAAAUAAAUGACAAAACCAGAUCAAUUUGAUGGAAAUAUGAUUUUUGCAAUGAAAACUAUUUUAAGUUAUUACGAAUUAAAAUAAGAUAGAAUUCUUACUGAUUAUUUAUACUUAAUCUGUAUACCACUUGUCUAUGUUUUUGGAACAAGUAAACAUUUAUUAAAAAUACCAACUGAAUUGAUUGGAUAUUUUUAUUCAUUAUAAUUGAUAGUUCAAUUCUUUGAUCCAUUAGUUGAUUUGAUUGUUAGACAUGAUGAAAAAUAUGAAUCAGAAAUGACUGAUUUAUUUAUGAAUAGUGUUAAUGUUUUAGAUGAAGAAUUAGCUUUAAAAUUUCAAAGUGUUCUUAAUUUAAAGAGUCCAACUUAAAGAUAAAUGUUAGUAAUAAUUAUAAAGAGAUUUGUACAUUCACUUGGAUUUGCAUUUUUACCCUUAGAUGUAACUUUGUUUAAUAUAGAUUAAAUGAUAAUGAAAGUAGUCAAGAAUAAAUUAGAAAUAUUUAUUAAUAUGGGAAUAAUGUGCUUUUGUAUAAGAAAAGAUAUUUUAAUUUGCAAAACUUGGGAUUAAGUUGUUGAUGUAUUUUAUACUAAGGCAAAAUUAAUUACAUUAUAAUAAUAUCAUGAAUAUUAUUAAGAUGUAUACAAGAAUGUUAAAUUUUAUGUAUCACCCUAUGAUGUAGAUCCAUUUAAAGUAAAUAGAAAUGCAGAAUUUGCAACAGGUAUAUUAUUUAAUUUAUUAUUAAUUAGAUCCUUUAGCAGAAAUUAUUGAAAAAUAAUAAGAUAAAGAUAUUAAUGCAUUCAAAAAGAAAUGGUUUGAAGGUAAAGAAUUAUAUGAAGAUGAUGAUCCUAAUAUGGCUAGAUAUUAAUAAUAAUAAUAAUUACCAAAUAAGGAUAAAGCAAUUAAAGAUAUGAAGAUGUAAGAUGCAAUGAAAAAUGUGUAAAUGCAACAAAAACCAACAUAGAAAUUAGGGAUGGUACCUGUUUAAGAUUCAGAUGAAGAAGAUGAUCUAUUUGAUGGUAUGGAUGAUUAAUGA